GAGUAUAGGAGGUACCUGAUAAACCAUGAGUUCACCUGCCUAUAAAACUCACUCCCACCGCUAUGUGCUCUUACUCUUGUCAAUCCAUGCUUCUAUGCGUUAUCCACAAUCAGAGGAGAAUAUUUGUGUUAAACAUUUUUGUGUGAACAGGGUUUGGUCUGAAAGAGGGGAAUUAUGAUCACUCUUUCACUGGUACCCUUUGUGUCUGGGCUGUGUAUAGGAUUUCUGUCUAUUCAAUACUUUGUUUACUCAGACACCAGCACUGCAAAACCAGCUGUUUUCUCACUGGGUAACUCCAGUGGAGUUCAUAAUGACAAAAGGGUUCCAAGACACAUACACUCAGAUGAGGACAGGAAUGUUGCAGCCAACCUGUCCCAAAAUGUACGACUACUAUGUUGGAUCAUGACUGGGCCUAAGAACCUGGAGUCCAGAACCAAACACAUCCGGGCCACCUGGGGAAAACGAUGCAACAAAGUCCUCUACAUGAGCUCAGUGGAGACAGAAUUCCCCACGGUGGGGCUCAACGUAACUGAGGGACGAGACCAGCUCUACUGGAAGACCAUCAGAGCCUUCCAGUACAUCUACCAACACCACCGCAACGACUACGACUGGGUCCUCAAAGCCGACGAUGACACGUUCGUGGUCAUCGAGAACCUCCGACACACAUUGUCUAAACAGGACCCGGAGAAGCCUGUAUACUUUGGGAGAAGGUUCCGCCCGUUCGUCCAGCAGGGUUACAUGAGUGGUGGAGCCGGCUAUGUCCUCAGUAAAGAAGCCGUCAGAAGGUUCAUCAAGGGAUUCGACACUGGGAAAUGUUCCCACUUCUCCACCAUAGAAGACAUGGCUCUAGGGAAGUGUAUGGAGACUAUGGGUGUGGAGCCCGGGGACUCCAGAGAUGUGAAGGGAAGGCAGACGUUUCAUCCCUACCCACCACACAUGUACCUGGUCAAAGAGCCACCCAGAAAACUGCCCUGGUAUCUCUUAUACGACCACUACAAACCAAGAGAGGGCCCAGAAUGUUGUUCAGAUCACAUCGUAUCAUUUCACUACAUCUACCCUGUAGAGAUGUACACGCUGGAAUACUUCACCUAUCAUCUACGGCCCUAUGGAUACAAGUACAGGUACAACCCUGAUGCUGUAGCAGCUGAAAUUGAGAGUAACACCACCACACCUGUCUCUGCUUAACACAGAGAUAUCACAGACGGACUACUGCACUGAAGAAAGAACUUAUUAGUGUGUCAUGUUUAAAUGCCGAAACAACAGCCUGACAUUGCCACUCUCUUUGGUAAGCUGAGCAAUGAGACUGAGGAAAUGGAACCACUCUCAAAUUCACUGACAUGGUAGUUUUAAACAUAUUUUGAAGCUAUACAUUAUUUACAUAGACAACAAAUACAUGAACAAUAGAGUAAUAUAGUUUUUUUGUG